AUGGCCAGCGCCUCGCCGUGUACCAUCUACAACUCCCGCGUGCUCAUCAGGUGCUUGGCCUCGGAGGGCGGCGGCGGCGGCGGGCACGGGCAGCACCGGAAUAGCAAUGCCGUCAGGGUUAACGGCGCUCCGCUGCAGGUGGGGGUGGCGCUGGAGACGUCCAUCAACAAGUCGCUGGCCGAGCUGAGCGCGCCGGUGCUGGCGCCUCUGCCCACCGGGGGCACCGAGGACAGGGACGACGCUGGCGGCGAGGAGCGCUGCCGGCAGAACAUCCCGACGGAGAAGCAGACGGUGGACCCAUUCCGGCAGGCGCUGAUUGUCGAGGGCGGAGUGCGGUAUCAGCAGACCCUGGUGGUGCGCUCGUACGAGGUUGGUCCCGACAAGACGGCCACCCUGGAGACCGUACUCAACCUUCUCCAGGAGACAGCACUGAACCACGUCUGGAUGUCGGGUCUGCUCGGCGACGGCUUCGGUGCGACGCACGGCAUGAUCAAGAACAACCUCAUCUGGGUCGUCUCCAGGAUGCACGUCAAGGUCGACCACUACCCGAUCUGGGGAGAGGUGCUGGAGAUCGAUACGUGGGUCGGCUCGUCGGGAAAGAACGGAAUGCGGCGUGACUGGCUCAUCCGCAGCCGAAACUCCGGCGACAUCUUCGUCCGAGCAUCCAGUACGUGGGUGAUGAUGAACAAGGUGACGCGGAGGCUGUCAAAGAUGCCGGAGGAGGUCAGGGGCGAGAUCUCGCCAUGGUUCAUCGACCGGCACGCCAUCGAGGAGGAAGCCACAGAGAAGAUCAUCAAGCUCGACAGCAAUGCCAAAUAUUUUGACUCCGACCUCAAGCCAAAGCGAAGUGAUCUGGAUAUGAACCACCACGUCAACAAUGUCAAAUAUGUGAGGUGGAUGCUUGAGACUCUUCCUGAUCACUUCCUGCAGCAGCACCAGCUUAGCAGCAUCAUACUGGAGUACAGGAAGGAAUGUGGGAGCUCAGAUGUUGUGCAGUCCAUUUGCCAACCUGAUAUAGACUCGGUUCCACCAAAAGAAAAUGUCAGCAUGGUCAUUGAACCUUCACUUUUGCCAGAGAUCAUCAAUGGACACCACAGCUUGGUAGGUGCGCUCCAACAAUGGCCAAUGAAGUACACGCAUCUUCUGCAACUGAAAGCAGGUGACAAUAAGUAUGAGGAGAUUGUGAGAGGGAGAACUACAUGGAAGAAUAAGUCAUAUCAAGGUUCUUGA